AUGCGGGGCGAUGCGGGCCCUCCGUCCCCGCAGAGCCUGCGGGGGGUGUUGCGGGGGCUCUUUUUAUUAGUUCACAGGCUGAAAUCAUCGAUCAGCUUUCUUACUCGACCAGAUCGGCCAAAACUUGCUUAUCAUAAACUAAAAGGCAGGAAUCCAGGGGUUAUUUUCCUUCCAGGCUUUAAUUCAAAUAUGAACGGUCAGAAAGCAACUGCCCUUGAAGAUUUCUGCAACUCUCUAGGUCAUGCCUUCGUCAGAUUUGAUUUUACAGGAUGUGGAAGUUCAGAUGGUAACCUUGAGGAGUGUACAAUUGGGAAGUGGAGAAAUGAUGUUCUUUGUAUACUGGAUGAACUUACAGAUGGACCACAGAUUCUGGUGGGCUCCAGCUUGGGUGGAUGGCUGAUGAUUCAUGCUGCAAUAGCACGACCAGAAAAAGUAGCUGCUCUAGUUGGAGUAGCUGUAGCAGCAGACCAUCUCAUAACAACUUUUAAGAAGCUUCCAAUUGAGGCACAAAAAGAAAUAGAAGAAAAAGGUGAAUGGAAGUUUCCAACAAAGCACAAUGAGGAAGGGUAUUACUCCUUGACAUACAACUUUAUAAGAGAAGCAGAAAAUCACUGUGUGCUAAAUAGUCCUAUUCCCAUAACGUGUCCCAUCCGACUCAUUCAUGGCAUGAAGGAUGAUGACGUCCCUUGGCAGAUCUCUAUGCAAGUUGCUGAUCGUGUUUUGAGCAAGGACGUGGAUGUCAUCCUCCGCAAAAGCGGCCGGCAUCGCAUGAGCGAGAAGGAGGAUACAAAGCUUCUUGUGAACACUGUUGAUGAUUUAAUUGACAAGCUGGCAACACUAGCAUAA